AUGGCGUGUCCCUGGAGAUUUCUGUUCAAGACCAAAUCCCAGCAAUGCAAUUUGACUGAGGAAAAGGACAUCAACAACAACGUGGGGAAGGUCACCUAUGUACUCUCCAGCCCAGUGACACAGGAUGAGCCCAAGCGUCAUGGCCUCGGCAAGCACCACGAUCAGUCCCCAGCAGUGGCAGCCGAGGUCAGUGAGAAGUCUCCUGAUUCCCUGGGCAAGCUGGAUGCACCCCCAUCAGCCUGUCCACGGCACUUGAGGAUCCGAAACUGGGGCAACGGGAUGACUUUGCAAGACACCCUUCACCUCAAGGCCAAAGAGGAUUCCACCUGCAAGUCCACAUAUUGCCAAGGUGCCAUCAUGAGCCCCAAGGGUAUGACCAGAGGGCCCAGAGAUAGGCCCAUCCCUGCAGAAGAGCUGCUCCCACAAGCCAUCGAAUUUGUCAACCAGUACUAUGGCUCCUGCAAAGAGGCAAAAAUAGAGGAGCAUCUGGCCAGGGUGGAAGCGGUGACAAAGGAGAUAGAAACAACAGGAACCUACCAGCUCACAGGGGAUGAGCUCAUCUUUGCCACCAAGCAGGCCUGGCGCAACGCUCCCCGCUGUAUUGGCAGGAUCCAGUGGUCUAAUCUGCAGGUCUUUGAUGCCCGGAGCUGUUCCACUGCCCAGGAAAUGUUCGAACACAUCUGUAGACACCUGCGUUACUCCACCAAUCAUGGCAACAUCAGGUCGGCCAUCACUGUGUUCCCCCAGCGGAGCGACGGCAGGCAUGACUUCCGCAUCUGGAACACUCAACUCAUCCGCUACGCAGGCUACCAGAUGCCUGAUGGCACCAUCCAAGGGGACCCUGCCAAUGCUGAGUUCACACAGCUGUGCAUCGACCUGGGUUGGAAGCCCCGUUUUGGCCGCUUCGAUGUGCUGCCUCUAGUCCUGCAGGCCAAUGGUCAGGAUCCUGAGCUCUUCGAAAUCCCCCCUGAACUGGUACUCGAGGUGCCCAUGGAGCAUCCCAAGUACGAAUGGUUCCGGGAGCUGGAGCUGAAGUGGUAUGCCCUGCCUGCCGUGGCCAACAUGCUGCUGGAGGCGGGUGGCCUCGAGUUCCCCGCAUGCCCCUUCAACGGCUGGUACAUGGGUACAGAGAUCGGGGCCCGGGAUUUCUGUGAUGCCCAACGCUACAACAUCCUGGAGGAAGUUGGCAGGCGGAUGGGGCUGGAGACGCACCGGUUAGCCUCCCUGUGGAAGGACCGAGCGGUCACGGAGAUCAAUGUAGCUGUGCUGCACAGCUUCCAGAAGCAGAAUGUGACCAUCAUGGACCACCAUUCGGCGGCCGAGUCCUUCAUGAAACACAUGCAGAGCGAGUACCGGACCCGUGGGGGCUGUCCUGCCGACUGGAUCUGGCUGGUUCCUCCAAUCGCCGGGAGCAUUACCCCCGUGUUCCACCAGGAGAUGUUAAACUAUGUCCUGUCCCCUUUCUACUACUACCAGGUGGAGGCCUGGAAAACCCACAUGUGGCAGGACGAGCGGAAGAGGCCCCGGAGAAGAGGCCUGAAGUUCAGGGUCCUGGUGAGAUCCGUCCUCUUUGCCUCUGUGCUAAUGCGCAAGACCAUGGCAUCCCGCAUCAGGGCCACAAUCCUCUUCGCCACGGAGACAGGAAAGUCAGAAGCGCUGGCCCGGGACCUGGGCAUCUUGUUCAGCUGUGCCUUCAACCCCAAGGUCCUCUGCAUGGAUGAGUACAGGCUAAAUAGCCUGGAGCAGGAGCAGCUGCUAUUGGUGGUGACCAGCACAUUUGGCAAUGGAGACUCCCCUGGCAAUGGAGAGAAGCUGAAGCGGUCCCUUUUCCUGCUUAAGGAGCUCACCAACAAAUUCAGGUACGCUGUCUUUGGCCUUGGCUCCAGCAUGUACCCACGGUUCUGUGCCUUUGCUCACGAUGUUGACCAGAAGUUGUCCCACCUGGGGGCCUCUCAGCUAACCCCGACGGGAGAAGGGGAUGAACUCAGUGGGCAGGAGGAUGCCUUCCGCAGCUGGGCCAUGCAGACCUUCAAGGCAGCCUGUGAGACGUUCGGCAUCCGAGGCAAAGACCACAUUCACAUCCCCAAACUCUACACAUCUAGCGUGGCCUGGGAGCCGCACCACUACAGGCUUGUGCAGGGCUCCCAGCCUUUGGAUCUCCGCAAAGCUCUCAGCAACCUGCACGCCAAGAACGUGUUCACCCUGAGGCUCAAAUCGCUGCAGAAUCUACAGAGUCCAAAAUCCAGCCGAGCCACCUUCCUGGUGCAGCUGUCUUGGGAAGACAGCCCGGGCCCCAGCUACCUGCCUGGGGAACACCUCGGGGUCUGCCCCAGCAACCAGCCUGCCCUGGUCCAGGGCAUCUUGGAGCGAGUUGUGGACAGCCCUGACCCCCACCACACCGUGUCCCUGGAGACCCUGGAUGAGAGUGGCAGCUACUGGGUCAGGGACAAGAGGCUGCCCCCCUGUUCCCUCAGCCAAGCCCUCACCUACUUCCUGGACAUCACCACCCCCCCGACCCAACUGCUGCUCCAGAAACUUGCCCGACUGGCCACUGAAGAGGCUGAGAGACAACGACUGUUGACUUUGUCUCAGAUGCAGCCCUCGGAGUACAACAAGUGGAAGCUCACCAACAGUCUCACAUUGCUGGAGGUGCUGGAGGAGUUCCCGUCACUGCAGGUGUCUGCUGCCUUCCUGCUCUCCCAGCUGCCUAUCCUGAAGCCCCGCUAUUAUUCCAUCAGCUCCUCCCAGGACCUCACACCCAUGGAGGUGCACCUCACUGUGGCCGUGGUCACAUACCGCCCCCGAGAUGGCCAGGGUCCCCUGCACCAUGGAGUCUGCAGCACGUGGCUCGCCAGCCUGAAGCCCCAAGAUCCAGUGCCCUGCUUUGUGCGGAGUGCUGGUGGCUUCCAGCUGCCUGAGGACCCCUCUCUGCCCUGCAUCCUCAUUGGACCUGGCACAGGCAUCGCCCCCUUCCGUGGCUUCUGGCAGCAGCGACUCUAUGACUCUGCAAACACAGGACUUCGGGGUGGCCGCAUGAUCCUGGUGUCUGGCUGCCGGCAUCCAGAGGAGGACCACCUGUACUGGGAGGAGGAGCUGGAGAUGAUGCAGAAGGGGGUGCUGCAUGACGUGCACACGGCCUACUCUCGCCUGCCUGGCCAGCCCAAGGUGUACGUUCAGGACCUGCUGCGGCAGAAGCUAGCCGAUGAGGUGCUCCGCGUUCUCUUGGAGGCACCAGGCCACAUCUAUGUGUGCGGUGGUGUGGGCAUGGCCCGGGACGUGGCCCAUACCCUUAAGCAGCUGGUGGCUGUCAAGCUGGGCCUCAGCGAGGAGCAGGUGGAGGACUAUUUCUUCCGGCUUAAGAGCCAGAAGCGCUACCACGAAGAUAUCUUUGGUGCUGCAUUCCCCUAUGAAGUGAAAAAGGAGGGGGCAGCAAGACAGCCAGGCAACACCAAGCUCUGA